AUGGAGAAAAGAGCGGAGAAGAGAAGGAUGGUGUUGGUUCCAGUUCCAGCACAAGGACAUAUAACUCCAAUGAUGCAACUCGGUCAAGCCCUUUACUCGAAGGGCUUCUCAAUUACAGUUGCUUUGGGAGAAUCCAAUCUAGUAAGCCCCUCUCAACAUUUUCCUGAUUUCCAAUUUGUCAUCAUACCAGAAAGCUUACCAGUGUCUCAAUUCGAGAAACUUGGAUCACUCGAUUUUUUUCUGAAUCUCAACAAAGCCAACGAGGCAAACUUCAAGGAGUGUAUAGCUCAGUUGGUUUUACAACAAGGCAAUGAUAUUGCAUGUAUCAUCUACGACGAGUACAUGUACUUCUGUGAAGCUGUAGCUACGGAGUUUAACCUUCCCAGCGUCAGAAGCACCGCUAAUAGUGCUACAAGUCAUGUUGGCGGCUGCAUUUUAAAUAAAGUCAAUGCCGAGAAGUUUUUGAUCGACAUGAAAGAUCAAGAAUUCCGAGACAAGGUGGUGGAAAAUUUGCAUCCACUAAGAUACAAACACCUAGAGAAUUUAGGAUUUGGCCCACUGGAGUCUUUCUUGGAGAUAUUUAAAGAAAUAUUUAGCAAAAGAACAUCUUCCGCUUUGAUCAUCAACACGGCGAGCUGUCUAGAGAGCGUGUCUCUAUCAUGGCUCCAACAAGAACUCGGAAUUCCAGUUUACCCAUUAGGCCCUCUUCACAUUACAGCUUCAGCGCCUUCUAGUUUACUGGAAGAAGACAGGAGCUGCAUGGAAUGGCUGAACAAGCAGAAACCAAGGUCAGUCAUAUACAUAAGCAUUGGAAGCAUAGCUCACAUGGAAACCAAGGAAGUUUUGGAGAUGGCUUGGGGCUUGUAUGAUAGCAACCAAGCUUUCUUAUGGGUCAUCCGGCCGGGCUCCAUCCCUGGCUCGGAGUCACUGCUAGAGGAUGUCAGUAAGAUUGUCUCAGAAAAGGGGUACAUAGUGAAAUGGGCACCACAGGUUGAAGUACUUGCACAUCCUUCAGUGGGAGGUUUCUGGAGCCAUUGUGGAUGGAACUCAACACUUGAGAGCGUUGCUGAAGGAGUGCCAAUGAUUUGUAGGCCUUUUACCGGAGAGCAAAAGUUAAACACAUUGUAUAUAGAAAAUGUUUGGAGCGUGGGGAUUCAGCUUGAAGGUGAAGUUCAAAGAGGAGAUGUGGAGAGAGCUGUGAAGAGGUUGCUUGUGGAUGAUGAAGGUGCAUGCAUGAGGGAGAGAGCACUUGUUCUAAAAGAGAAGGUCAUAGCCUCCGUAGGAAGUGGAGGCUCCUCAUACAACGCAUUAGACGAGCUCGUCAAGUCCCUGGAGACUUGCGUGAAAAUAUGCGAUUCCUAA